UUUUACUGCUAUGGGAAAUUCCAUUCUGUUGCUGCUCGUUACAAUUUGCAUAGUCCAAUGUCAAAUAAACAGACAGGAUUACUCAAAGCAUCCACAAAUGAUCCCUGCCAAGCUUCGUGAAGGUAAUAUGUAUUACUUGGACGUGGACAAUAUCGGAAACUAUCGCAUCUUCAAACCAGUCGCAGUAAUGACUGAUCAAGCACAGGUAACCUUUGGAGAGUUCCAAGAAGGCAAGGACUGCGUGGUUUUCGCCACAAGUUCGGGGAUCACAGAAAAAUGCAAGCAUCAGUAUUACCUUCUUCAUCAAAAUUUUCGAGCCUUUGUAAGAAAACGGUUGGUUGACGCGAUGGCCGACAGUAAGUGCGUUCUUGUACAGUUUGGAGAUAGUAUACUUGUUACGAUCAAAUAUGACGUGGCUGAACCAAAAUCUCCAAAGUUUAUUGGGACAUAUUCGAAGAGAAGAGACAAUCUUGUCUACAUAGACGAUAAGGGGAAACGAAAGUCCGUCAAACGCGUUCUGGUUCAGAUAAAAUCUGGAGAUCUGGGCAAAGACCAGUUUGACACAUUCUGUCAGUACUUACGCAAAUAGAUACUGUAGACGUUAAUAAACAUUCUUGGAUC